AUGGUCCUGGAAUUUUGUCGUAUAAAAGUCCUCUUACAUGUUCAUAUCUUAGCCGCCGUUCCAAGCUCUAGUAAUAGCUACAUGUAUCCAGGGUUGACGAAAGUUUGCUACGAUAUCCUGAAAUUGAAGAGGCAGAAAGCUUCAUCCAGCAAGCAAUUGGUAACUCAAGUUGGAAAUAAUUCAGCUAGUAUCGACAUUAGAACUCUAAAUGUGAAACAAAG